UGAUCAAUAUGUUUGUGACUGUGCUUCUGAUAUGCAUUUUCAUUUUCACCCUGUUUCAGGCUUUGAAAACCAGGAGGUUUAGAAAUUUUCCACCCGGACCGCCAGCUGUUCCAUUUCUUGGAAACAUUCUACAGCUGAACUUAAGAAAUCCCUUAGAAGAUAUGAAAAAGCUCUCGGAGACAUAUGGAAAUGUCUACAGUGUGUUUAUUGGGAGCACUCCUGUUGUAAUCCUCCACGGGCUGCAGGCAGUAAAAGAGGCUCUGGUCACACAAGCAGUUGAAUUUGCUGGAAGACCUCAGGGACUCUUAGUCAACGAUGUUACUGAAUAUAAAGGAGUGAUCAUUGUUAACUACGGCACUCAUUGGAAGGAGCAGAGACGUUUCGCUCUCAGUACAUUGCGCAAUUUUGGCUUAGGCAAAAAAUCAAUGGAGGCCAGGAUUCAGGAAGAGGUUGCACACCUGACAGAGAGCCUAGAACAGUACAAAGGUCAGAUUAUGAGUCCUCACACGCUCCUUCACAAUGCUGUGUCCAAUGUGAUUUGCUCUGUAUUGCUGGGGCAGCGUUUCAGUUACAAUGAUAUAUUCUUUCAAGAAAUGAUCCAUUGUGUAUCAGAGAAUUUGAGACUAAUCAAUGGACCCUGGGGCAUGCUUUAUGAUGCCUUUCCCAUUAUCCGUCCUCUACCCCUCCCUUAUCGGAAAGCGAUUACCAACGCAUUCAAGGUUAAAUCAUUCUUAAAAUCCAUAGUUGAAGAGCACAAGAAAACAAGAAUAAGAGGGGAAGUAAGAGACAUCAUUGACAGCUACCUAGAAGAAAUGGAGAAGAGAAAAAAUGAGCAGUCCUCAUUUGAUAAUGAAAACUUGACCAUACUUCUGACUGACUUAUUUGCUGCUGGCACAGACACCACGUCAAGUACACUAAGGUUUGCCAUCCUGUAUUUGAUGAUCCAUCCAGAUAUUCAAGCAAAGUGCCACCAAGAAAUUGACACUGUCCUUGGGCAAAACAAAGACUUCAACUUUGAGGACAGACUAAAAAUGCCCUACAUACAAGCUACAAUUCAUGAGAUUCAGCGCUUUGCUGAUAUUGUACCUCUAGGUGUAUUUCACGCAACCACCAAGGAGACACACCUGUGUGGGUACAAGCUUCCCAAGAACACAACUGUGAUUGCCAAUCUCUCUUCAGUUCUCCAUGAUGAGACUCAGUGGAAAUUUCCAUACGAGUUUAAUCCAUCUAACUUCCUGAAUAGCAAGGGAGAGUUUAUCAAACCAGAGGCAUUCAUGCCCUUCUCUGCAGGUCCACGGCUUUGUCUGGGAGAAGCUCUUGCUAAGAUGGAGAUUUUCUUCUUCAUGGUGGGACUGUUACGUCGUUUUCAUUUUAUAUGGCCACAAGGAUGUGGAGAGCCAGACCCUACUCCAAUGUUUGGACUCACUCAGGAGUCAACAAAAUAUAAAAUGAUUUUUAAAGUCAGAGAAAAGCUAAACUAA